UAUAACAAUCCGUCUCUCCCAUGGUGGACUGGACCACUUUCUAUCGGUAAACCCUAAAACCUUUCUUACUCUUCAGUUUCCAAUCAAACUCAACUCAAAUCUCCCUCAGAUUUUCACCUCUCGCAGCUAGAGAAGAAACAAUUAAAGAACGAUGGCAACUGGCUACGACUACGACGACGCCCCGGGCGAUUACGAAGGAACAGCUGAUGCUCGCGGUCCCCAAGACAUAGGCUACGACCCAAACUUCGUACCUGACUCCGUUAAGUCGUUCGUGGUUCACCUGUAUCGCCACAUUCGGGAGAAGAAUGUGUACGAGAUCCACCAGAUGUACGAGACGUCUUUCCAGAGUCUUUCCGACCGUCUCUUCAAGGACACACCAUGGCCCUCCGUUGACGCCGUUGCCAAUUAUGUUGACAACGACCACGUUUUCUGCCUUCUUUAUAGAGAGAUGUGGUUCCGUCACCUGUACGCCAGAUUAUCACCUACUCUUAAGCAGAGGAUUGACUCUUGGGACAAUUAUUGUAGCCUAUUUCAGGUGGUGUUGCACGGAGUGGUGAAUAUGCAGUUGCCCAACCAGUGGCUGUGGGACAUGGUGGAUGAGUUUGUUUAUCAGUUUCAGAGUUUCUGUCAGUAUAGGGCCAAGAUGAAGAACAAGACAGAACAGGAGAUUGCGCUUUUGAGGCAGUUUGAUCAGGCUUGGAAUGUGUAUGGAGUGCUGAAUUUCUUGCAAGCACUCGUGGAGAAGUCGAUGAUCAUUCAGAUUUUGGAGCAGGAGAAGGAAGGGCUUGAGCAAUUUACAGCCACUGAUGGUUAUGAUUACACUGGAGGGAGUAAUGUGUUGAAGGUGUUGGGCUAUUUCAGUAUGGUGGGUUUGCUCCGAGUUCAUUGUCUUCUGGGUGAUUAUCAUACUGGUCUCAAGUGCUUACAGCCAAUUGAUAUUACACAACAAGGUGUUUACACUAGUGUUAUAGGAAGUCACAUUACUACCAUAUAUCAUUAUGGGUUCGCCAAUGUUAUGUUGCGCAGGUAUGUGGAUGCCAUUCGUGAAUUCAAUAAGAUUCUCUUGUACAUUUACAAGACCAAGCAAUAUCAUCAGAAAUCUCCACAGUAUGAGCAGAUUCUGAAGAAGAAUGAGCAGAUGUAUGCUCUGUUGGCCAUUUGUCUCACACUUUGCCCUCAAGUGAAGCUUGUAGAGGAGACUGUGAACUCUCAACUAAGGGAGAAAUAUGGGGAGAAGAUGAUCAGAAUGCAAAGAUAUGAUGAUGAAGCAUUUUCUAUCUAUGAUGAACUCUUUUCAUAUGCAUGUCCUAAGUUCAUUACCCCCUCAGCACCAAUUUUUGAGGAGCCUCUUGUAAAUUACAACCAAGAUGCCUAUAGACUCCAGUUGAAGCUGUUCCUUUAUGAAGUAAAGCAGCAACAAUUGUUAUCAGGUGUCCGGACGUUCUUGAAAGUUUACUCAACAAUUUCUAUUGGGAAGCUUGCAAAUUACAUGGAAGUGGAUGAGCCCACUCUGAGGACUAUCUUGAUGACUUACAAGCACAAAACUCAUGCUGUUGAUUCUGAUGGAAAGAUUAUCUCAAAUGCAGAUGUAGAUUUCUACAUUGAAGAUGAUAUGAUCCAUGUUGUUGAGUCCAAACCUGUGAAGAGAUACGGUGAUUACUUCCUGCGGCAGAUUGUCAAGCUUGAAGGGGUCAUAAAUGAUAUGGACCGCGUACAGCUGGACUGAGUUGUUCAUCACUUCUUGUUGCUUCCAGUUGUUUUUACUCAUUUAAUACUUGGCAGAGAUUUUGUUUCACUUGGCAUUUUUGGCCUUCUGAGUAAGCGAGAUUCCUUCAGCUUUGUGAUGUAACUUUCGCCGCUGCAAUUUAAAUGAUAAAUUGUGUUUUAUGAGAGCCGCCACAAGGAUUGAAUUGGUUUCUUAACCGAGUAGUAAGUAAUGUCAGCCAUUGAUUAGGGAAGAAGUUAAUUUUUGUGAAAUUGUAAUAAGUUUUGAAGUUGGCAAGGACGUUUUAAACUUUGAUGGUA